GCUCUGUUUGUCACAAAAUGAAGGAGCUUCUGUUCUUCUUUGCCUUGCUAUUGGCUGUCCACUGCCAGAAACGCUUUAUUGGAGAUCAGGUACUCAGGAUCGAGCCAGGAUCUAAUGAGCAAAUUAGCGUUCUGCAGUCUUUGCAAGAAGAAGAUGAUUUCCAGUUGGACUUCUGGCUUCACCCUACCAACCCAGACCUUCCUGUUGAUGUCCGGGUGCCUAUUGCCAGCCUGCAAGCUGUCAAGGAUUUCCUUGAAUCAAAUGGCAUUCGAUAUUCUGUUAUGAUCAGUGAUGUACAGGAAAUGUUAGAGCAAGAGCAGAAGGAAAUGGAAGCUAACAGGAGAAUGGAGCGAAGCUCAAAAAGCUUCAACUUUGCUGCAUACCACACCCUGGAGACGAUCUACGACUGGAUGGAUACCCUAGCUGCUGACUAUCCUCACCUGGUUUCUAAAGUACAGAUUGGAUUUUCCUAUGAACAGCGCCCAAUGUAUGCUCUUAAGUUUAGCACUGGAAGCAGCAGCCGCCCUGCCAUCUGGAUUGAUGCUGGUAUUCACUCCCGUGAAUGGGUGACGCAGGCCACAGCAGUCUGGACAGCAAACAAGAUAGCAACAGACUAUGGACAAGACCGCUCCCUUACAUCCAUCUUGGACAUGUUGGACAUCUACCUGUUGGUGGUGGCGAACCCCGAUGGCUAUGCUUACACACACAGCAAUAACCGCAUGUGGCGCAAGACUCGCUCCAAGAACCCCGGAAGUGUCUGUGUUGGUGUGGACCCUAACAGAAACUGGGAUGCUGGAUUUGGCGGUCCUGGAGCCAGUACUAAUCCCUGCUCUGACUCAUAUCAUGGCCCCUCUGCACAAUCUGAGGUGGAGGUGAAGAACGUGGUGAACUUUAUCAAACAGACUGGCAACUUCAAGGGCUUCAUCUCCAUACACAGCUACUCUCAGCUCCUCAUGUACCCUCAUGGAUAUUCUUGCAACAAUAUCCCGGACUACCAAGAGUUGGAUGCUGUCGGUAAGUCGGCUGCAAAAGCCUUGGGCUCUCUGUAUGGAACCAGCUACAAGGUGGGAAGCAUCUGCAAAAUUAUCUAUCAAGCUAGCGGAGGCAGCAUUGAUUGGUCCUACAACUACGGCAUCAAGUACUCCUUUGCUUUUGAGCUGCGUGACACUGGUCGCUACGGUUUCCUGUUGCCAGCCAAUCAAAUCAUCCCCACCGCUUCGGAGACCUGGCUGGCUCUGCUGAAUAUUAUGGAGUAUGUUCGUGAUCAUACUUAUUGAGAAGACGAGGACAGAAGGCAAUGAAGCUAGGAGAAAAGAGAAAAGAUCAAGCUUACUGUUACAGAUUUCUCAAUAAAAUAAAGGUUUCAAUAUAGUA